AUGGUCAGGCCCGUGCCCGGCCCUUUGGAACAGCUGGGAACCUCUGAUCGGUUCCACAGCCGCGGGAAGAGCACAGGCGUCCAGGAGCCCGGAGGGCUCUCCGCGCCUCCCGCCCACGUGCUGCAGGGGCCGGAGGCUGGGCGCACCAGCUGCCCGGAUCUCAUGAUCGCUCCCGACAUAUUCGACGCCAUGUUCCCCGUCACGCACAUCGCCGGGGAGACCGUCAUACAGCAAGGGGACGAAGGCGAUAACUUCUACGUCGUGGACCAAGGGGAAGUGGACGUGUACGUGAACGGGGAGUGGGUGACCAACAUCAGCGAGGGUGGCAGCUUCGGGGAGCUGGCGCUCAUCUACGGCACCCCCAGGGCGGCCACCGUGAAAGCCAAGACCGACCUCAAGCUCUGGGGCAUCGACCGCGACAGCUACCGCCGCAUCCUCAUG